CCCCAGGGUCCGGGAAUGAGGCUGACCGGGCCCCUCCAGGGAGCAGGGAGAAACUGCAGGGAAGCAUUUUCUCCAGUUGGGGCUGCUAUGAUCGAGACACAGAAAGAAUAAGAGAGAGAGGAGAGAGCGAGCUAGGGACAGAGAGCGAGCGAGCGAGCGAGCGAGAGAGCCGUGGAAAUGAAAGUAAAGGGCUAAGCGGCCACAUGGAGGGAGCUGCCUGGGCAGCAGUUCCAGGAGCAAAAUGCUUCCUUCGAUAAUUAAAUAGCAUUUACUUUUAUUAUUACUAAUAAUAAUAAUAUAAUAAUAUCUCUAGUAAUACUAUACCACUUAUCAAGGCCCGUUGUAGGCACGGUGGGGGGACUGCCAAGCAAGGAAAGAGACUAAUGGAGAGGCAGAAAAGAAAGGAAGAAAUAGAGAAAGGACUUCAGUUCAUCCAGUCCACGAUAUCACUAAAGCAAGAAGAUUAUGAGGCCUUUCUCCACAAGUUGGUUUGGAACCUGUUUGCUGAGGGGAAUGACUUGUUCCGGGAGAAGGAUUUCAAGCAGGCGUUGGUGCAGUACGUGGAGGGGCUGAAUGUGGCUGACUAUGCUGCCUCCGAUGAGGUGACCCUGCCUCGGGAGCUCCUCUGUAAGCUGCACGUCAACCGAGCUGCCUGUUAUUUCAACAUGGGCUUAUAUGAGAAGGCACUGGAAGACAGCGAGAAAGCCCUGGGGCUGGACCCAGAGAAUAUCCGAGCUUUGUUCCGGAAAGCCAGUUCCCUGAACGAGCUGGGACGCCAUAAGGAAGCCUACGAGUGCAGUAAAACAUGCUCCAUCUCCCUCCCCCAUGAUGAAAGCGUCACUCAGCUCAGUCGGGAGCUGGCCCAGAAGCUGAGGUUGCCUUGCAGAAAAGCAUAUAAGAGACCUCAGGAAUUGGAAACCUUCUCGCUGCUCAGUAAUGGCACCUCGGCUCCCUUAGCAGAUCAGGGAACAUCCAAUGGACUUGGUUCUAUAGAUGACAUCGAAACAGACUGUUCCAUGGAUUUAAGAUGUCUCACAGCCCCAACCACUGCCUCUAUUCCUGGUUGUGAUAUCACCCUCCUUCCCGACCCCGAGAUCAAGGGCUCCACCACAACCCUUUUCUCUCCCACCUCUGACCUUCUGGCUCCUCCGGAUGGGGCUGGACCUGAGAACAUGGAAGAUUUCUCUGAUGGGGAUGUUUUUGGGCCAGAACUUGAUUCCCUCCUGGAUUCAUUGUCUCUGGUUCAAGGCUCCAUUCCAGUUACUAUUCCCAGUGAAAUGCCCCAGAGGAUCCCCGUGUUCCCUGGUGGGGCACCCCUCUUGCCCCCUGUGGUGAGCGGCACCAUCCCUGUCUCCAAUCCACUGCCCCCUGCAUCCUUUGGCCUUGUGAUGGACCCCACCAAGAAGAUGACCUCCUCAAUGCUGGAAGCCUUUGACUCCCCAGCCUCCUCACUGGACACCUUGGAUCAUCUGGACUUGCUUCCAUACACAGAUGCCCACCUCGAAGCCCUGGACAGCUUUGGACCUGUCCGAGGCUCCCUGGACACACUUGAUUCAUUCACAGUAGAGGACACCUCCUCUCAGGACCUACGACCACCGAGCAGCACUCAGAAGCCGCCCCCUGCACCAGCCAGCCUCAGUAGCACAAGUCACUCCCCUCUGCCCAAGGUGGCCGACAUGCUGCCCCAGCAAGAGUCCGCCUUGCCCAACACCGCCCUGCUCGUCAAGAACCCCCUGGCUUCUACCCACCUCUUCAAGCAGGCCUGCCACCUCUGCUAUCCCAAAACAGGUCCCAAAGCUGGUGACUACACCUACCGGGAGGACCUAGAGCACAAAUGUAAACGGGACAUUCUGCUGGGGAGGAUCCGGAACUCUGAGGACAAGACGUGGAAGCGGAUCCGGCCUCGGCCCACCAAAACCAGCUUCAUCGGCUCCUACUAUCUGUGCAAAGACAUGCUUAACAAGCAGGACUGUAAGUACGGGGAUAACUGCACCUUCGCCUACCAUCAGGAGGAGAUCGACGUGUGGACUGAGGAGAGGAAGGGGACCCUCAACAGAGACCUCCUCUUCGACCCCCUUGGGGGAGUUAAGCGGGGCAGCCUCACCAUUGCCAAGCUUCUCAAAGAACACCAGGGAAUCUUCACCUUCCUCUGUGAGAUCUGUUUCGACAGCAAACCCCGGAUCAUUAGCAAGGGGACCAAGGACUCGCCCCCUGUCUGCUCCAACCUGGCCGCCAAGCAUAGUUUCCAUGACAACAAGUGUCUGGUCCACAUCGUGCGCUCCACGGCCCUGAAAUACUCCAAGAUCCGCCAGUUCCAAGAGCACUUCCAGUUUGACGUGUGCCGCCACGAGGUACGCUACGGCUGUCUCCGGGAGGACAGCUGCCACUUUGCCCACAGUUUCAUCGAACUCAAGGUCUGGCUGCUGCAGCAAUACUCAGGUAUGACCCACGAGGACAUCGUCCAAGAGUCCAAGAAGUGCUGGCAGCAGAUGGAGGCCCAUGCAGGCAAAGCUGCCAACAGCUUGGCCGGCUCUCGGAUCCCCCCACCCAGCACCUUUGACCUGCAGAUGAAGUUCGUGUGUGGCCAGUGCUGGAGGAACGGGCAGGUGGUGGAGCCCGACAAGGACCUCAAAUACUGCAGCGCCAAAGCCCGACACUGCUGGACCAAGGAGCGGCGGGUCCUGCUGGUGAUGUCCAAAGUCAAGAGGAAGUGGGUGUCUGUCCGUCCGCUCCCCUCCAUCCGCAGCUUCCCUCAGCAGUACGAUCUGUGCAUCCAUGCCCAGAAUGGCCGGAAGUGUCAGUACGUGGGGAAUUGUUCCUUCGCCCACAGCCCAGAGGAGAGAGACAUGUGGACUUUCAUGAAAGAGAAUAAGAUCUUAGAUAUGCAGCAGACCUAUGACAUGUGGCUGAAGAAACACAACCCCGGGAAGCCCGGGGAAGGCACUCAAGUCACCCCUCGGGAAGGAGAGAAGCAGAUCCAGAUGCCCACGGACUACGCGGACGUCAUGAUGGGAUUCCACUGCUGGCUUUGUGGCAAAAACAGCAACAGCAAGAAGCAGUGGCAGCAGCACAUCCAGUCCGAGAAGCACAAAGAGAAGGUCUUCACAUCAGAUAGCGACUCCACCUGUUGGACCUUCCGCUUUCCCAUGGGCGAGUUCCGGCUGUGUGAAAGGUUCCAGAAAAAAAAGGCUUGCCCAGAUGGGGAGAAGUGUCGCUGUGCCCACGGGCAGGAGGAGCUGACUGAAUGGCUGGAUCGGCGGGAGGUGCUGAAACAGAAGCUGGCCAAGGCUCGCAACGACAUGCUGCUCUGCCCCAUGGAUGAUGACUUUGGCAAAUACAAUUUCCUAUUGCAGGACAGCGUAUAGGGGGCCCCGGGAUGGGACUCUGGGGGUGGGACUAGGAGCGAGAAGAAAGGGGGGGAGAUGAGAUUCACUUGGCCUCCCCCUUCCCAGAGCUGGCUCUUCUGGCCUCCCCAUCAGCCGACUUGAUUCCACUUUUCGUCAGCCAUCCCUGCCACAGGGGUCAAAGGACACGACCCCCUGUGACUUCGAUGGCUUUUUUCCUUGUUCUUAAAUGGGUGUCGGAAAAGCCAGGCUGGGGGAAGCAGAGGGGAUGGAGGAGGACUUGGGAAGGCGAUCUUUGGCCAAGCCUUUGCUCUCCCGAUGCACACCCACUCACUCGGGGUCCCCCUUCAUUCCCCUCUGUGUGGGGCAGGAGUACACCUCCAUACACGCACAUAAUCAGAAUAAUAAUAAUGAUAAUAACAAUAGCUCACAUUUCUAUAGUGUUUUCUCGCAAUGAUCCUGGGAGGUAGAGAGCUCAAGUAUUAUCACCCAUCUUACAGAUGGGGAAGCUGAGAUUCAGAGGGGCAAAAUUGGCUUGACUACAUUUCCACAACCGGUCAGUGUUCGGAGACAAGAGGGCGGGCACACACACACACACAGCCCAGGUCAGUCAGACAUGUCCCAGAUCAUUAAUGUCAUUCUGUGGUAUUAGGUCUAUUGUCUCCCAGAGUAGGGUGGAACAGGGCAGACAGACACUGUCUGGUGGCUUCAAGCCAAAGUUUUGUGUUUUGUUUCCAAAAACCCGGGGUCAUUGACAUCAGGGAUUCCCCCAAGCUUGUCUUCUUGGGGGGUUUGGCUGAGUUGGUUUUUCCCCAUUACUCUGGGCUCCUGAUGAUGCAGGAGAUGGGGACAGGGACACAACUGGAGACCUCAAAGAGCACAGAUGCCCCAUUGAGCUUUAAACCAUAUAUCUCCUUAAUGAUCCACAUGAUGGAGCUCAGUAUUCCCUUAAAUGUCACUCCCCAGCUGCCAAAGGAGACCCUCAGCCCUUUGUCCUUUUGGCUGGAGAUAACUUUUACCCCUUUCUUGUAGCUGUUUCUCUUCUGUGCCCUACCUGGGAUCCACACAGCCGGGAAACUUAGGGGUCUUCCAGCCCCUGCUCUUAACCCGACUCUCUUGUCCCCUGUCUCUCGCUCUUCCGUAAUCCAAGAGACAAAUGGCAGAAGAAGCAUAGGGCAAGAGGGCUGGGCGGUGAUCCCAAUCCAGGGGGACUCUAUCCCUACUGAACAUGGAUCCUCCAUGCCCCAAGCCAGUAAUCCCUGUACCAGAUAUACCAAAUAUCUCACCAGCACCCCUAGAUUAUUGGCUAGAUCUGGUUUGGGGAAAUGGGGGAGGAAGGAGUGGGGAGGAAGAGCCGAGCUCCUCCUCAGCAGCUUUCUUACAAGGACGGUUCCUCCCUAACCGGGGCCCGCUUUGCCCAGAGUGGAUGUAGGACGGGAAGAUAGACGGGGGCAGGGUGGGGUGUGCUACUUAUACUAAUACCAAUGAGCUAAAAGUCUGAAUAACCCUUAGGCUUGGUGAGACAGCCCCUUCGUUCCUGCCCCUCACCCACAACUCUGAUAUGGAUUAGGAAUAGGGACCCUGUCGAGCUUAGAGGGGGGGCUGACUUCUGACAGAGCUCUAAUUGCUCUAGUUCCGUCAGAAGUGUUCCCAUGAAGGAGGCGGGACGUUUCGCAGAGGAGGAAACUGAGGCUCUAAGAGGAGGAGUCACUUUCCCCUGGUCACACAGCCAGCAAACACGAAAACUGAAACUCAAACCUGGGACUUUCCGAUUCUCUGCUACCAGUCACCUAGGACUGGGACCAUGGACAGCAGCACUGGGACCUAGGGAGAAUGUGGCUUCCCAAAAAACCCCGAGUUCUGAAACCAGCUCUGCCAAACUUGCUGUGUGACCUUACGUAAGUCACCCCGCUGCUCUGGGCCUCAGUUUCCACAUCUGUAAGAAUGGAGAUCAGAUAAGACGGCCUCUCACGUCCCCUCCAGCUCUAAAACUGUGGUCCUUCUGGCCAAGGGGAGCUGUCCCCUGCCACAGACACUGAAAUAAUGCACAAGGGCCACCCAAUUUGCACCUGCUCCCCUGAUUUGAAACACCCUGGAUUUAGAAUGGAUGGGGGAGGGCUUUGCCCAACUCUUCUGACUCCAUCCCCCACCUUAGCCCCCAGACUUUCUACUACUUCACCUUUUACCCGACACCUCAGUUGAGCAUUUCUCUAUGUCCAUCUCCCCCCAACCUCGUCCACUCCUGCCAGAUUCAGGCAACGGUCCCCCAGACAUUCCAAAAAAGCCACCCGCCACUGGAUUGGGACCUUAGGCUUGGGGGGGUGAAGCUUUGGGGGAGACAAAGAAGGGCACACUUCCUCUUUCCAUCUUGGUCUGUGUGGAAGCAUGUGGCUCCUUAGACCUUCGGCCUCUCAUAAGGUGCCAUUAAUGACGUGGAAACUGGAGAGAAUCGGGUCUUCCCUCGACCAUCCGCCCUUGGGACCCCCACCCUUUAUUCUACGAUCAUGGCAUGCGCCCCUGCCCUGUCCCCCUCCCCCCAGUGAGCCGGGAUGAGGGGGCCUGAGGAGGAGAGAGGAAUUCAAAGGUAUUUGCUUCGGGGUCCGGCUGAAACCAGAAGCGGGGGCCCACGGGGAGGGAUCGCUGUGAACGUAGAUACUUGUUUUCCCCGAUAUGAUAACCUGAUGUGGUAUUACUGUCUCUUGUCACCAGCCUUGUUUUAGUGUGUAUAUAUGUUGGCGCCGUGAUGCAUAUAUACACAGGUAUUAAAUAUAUCACUCUAUAUAAUAUUAUAUAUGUGUGUGGUAUCCAAGGAAUUGCUUGUAAGGAGGUGAAGGUUAAAGGACUUGGCUGGGAAAUGCAGCAGGAGCCCCGGCUGUAAUUUGUCUUCCCUGGCUGGGGACAGGGUGAGUGGGAACUGCCGCCCCCCGACCUCCGAUCUGGUGCCUGAUGGCAUAGGAGGGCAAGGUUGGAAGGCAUUUAAUAAGGGAGAUUCGGGUAGCUUUGCCCGUAUCUCCCCCACCCAGCUUGAGGGAGGCAGAAAGAGAGGGCCCGGCAGAGAAACGAUGUUCUCAACGGAGGGACGGGGCCCAGUUUAAUUGGAGCUGCCAAGCUUUGGCGGCCUUGAGGUCCAGCUCUGCCCGUCCCAUUUAGAGAGACGAUCCUGCCUGUGGAGACCAUGGGAAAAGGCAGAAUUUGAAUUCUGGCUCAACUAUUUAUUACCUGUGGCUAAUAAGAUAAUUAUAACCUCCCUGGGCCAGUUUCCUUGUCUGUCAAGUAAAGGCAUUGGACUAGAUGGCCUCUGAGCUCCCUCCCAGCUCUAGACUUAUGAUGAUCGUGCACAGGGGAAAAAAGGCAAUUAACCCAAAGGAGGUCACGUCCCCCUUGGGCCGGGGAUACCUCUUCCCUGGGGUGGGCAGUUGUGCCCACCUGACAAGCAGGUGAAUACAGAUUAGAGUGAAAGAGACUGGAGAAGAAAGGCCUGUAAAAGCAGAGGAAUAAUGGUUCAAAAGGUGAUGGGAAGGAUUGCAAUAGUCUUUAGUUCUAGACUCUGAAAUCCAAGCUCAGGGUUGGGACCAAAACCACCAGGCCUCUCGUGGACAGACAAGGGGGAGACCGAGGGGAGAUGCAUGUAUACAUAUAUGUGUACGUACAAUAGUGUGCAUAUAUGUAUAGAUAUAUACAUGCACGUGUGUGGAUAAUCACACCCCCUCCCCCUCAGUGAUAUAAACCUGCACGGAUUGCUGGGAGGAUGUGUCCAAAAUGAACGAAGAGGGGGGAACGUUGCAUUUCACAGCCAAGUAAUGAUGGAGUUAAUAGUCUUUUAAAAUGUCUGUGUAUUAAAAAUUUUAAGAAUACCACACUUUAAUAUUAAAUAUUCAUAAGGUCCUAGUAUCUGGAUAAUAUUGUAGAUGUUUUAAUAACAAUUUUUUGGUCCUUCUUAAAAAUAAAACAGACGAAACUUGCAUCUUUUAGCCUUUGUACUAGAAAAUAAAAGUGCACUUUAACCCUG